CCAAGUGUUCCGCGGUAAAUAGCCUAUGGUCAAUCUGUCAAGCCUCUACCGGCCAGUGAAUGUCCUGCAUCUCAGCAGCGACUGAAUUUGCUGCGUAGUUUCGUGUAUGUUGUUGGAAGUGCAGGAAAUGGGUGGAGGGGCAUCAGAUGAGAGUUGAUUCUCGUCAUCCUCGCACGCGACCACGACAUUUCAAUUCUUUGCCACCACACAUAAUUUAUGCUUAAUUGCCAUGACUCGAAUGUGCUCUGCGUCCACCCUGGGACACAUAGUUUUACUCUUCUGUACUGCUGCACGGUCUAAUACGAAUUGCGUACAUCUGUCUCUUGACACUGCCUAUUUGCAUGGACCCGUUUUGGACGUGUUCUGCUUGGUCCACAACGCCUACGUCAGAAUCACUGUCUAGCGCAGAAGAACUUCUUUCGACUAUAUUUGACGGCUUCGACAGCCAGCCGACCUAUUUCUACGCAAUCUGCGACUACUCUACGACUCCCGACUUUCGUCGUCGCAGACGGACGGACGCUCCCAAGGUUCUUUUAGCGCGGCCGCGACAAUCUUUCCACAAUGACGCAUGAUCAAAGCACCGACUUCUUCGCUGAGCCGUCAAUCCGCCUUGCGCACGUCCUU